AUGUCGGGGUGCCGAAACUUGUCCGGCGCCUUUCCGGCGACCGACGGGUCCGGGUGCCAGGAGGCGCGCGGGCCGCGCGUCUCCAUGGACGAGUCGCCGGGCGCGCGGCCCUGCAGGCCGAUCCGGCGCAUGGGGGCCUCGCUGGACGGAUCGGCGCUCUGCGGCACACCGCGGGGGAUUGGGCGGCUGAGCGCGCGGCUGCCGCGUGUUGCCGCCAGCCCUCGGGCGGCCCCCUCGCCGCGGCUGUCGCGCGAGCUGACCCGGCCGGCCGAGCUGGAUGCUGCGAUCGUGGAGGAAGCCAGCCGCCUUGGGGAGAUCCCGCUGCGCCAAAUCAUGGAGGUGCCGAGGAGGGCCAUGGGCCGGGGCAAUGCGGCGGGCAAGGAAUCGGCGAUGCUCGCCCGGACGCGGUCCGCUCCGGCUGAGGCGUUCGCCCAGCCGCGCUACGAGGCGCAGAGCCUGGAGGGGAACAUCAUCUCCGCGGCGCAGAUCUCGGGCGAGCGGGCGCGGCCGGAGAAUGCCUUCGCGGCGGCGUACGAGGUGGGGGACAAGCUGGGCGUGGGCACGUACGGUGAGGUGUUCAAGGCCACGGAGCGGGCCACGGGGCGGCAGGUGGCGGUGAAGACAAUCAACAUGCGCGGCGUGCGGUGCAGCCCGCAGCGGGUGGCGCUGGAGGUGGCGAUGCUGAAGCGGCUGACGGACAACAAGAUGGUGGCGCAGUUCUACGACACAGUGGAGGAGGGGGACAAGCUGCACAUCGUGAUGGAGCUCUGCAGCGGCGGCGACCUGAGGGACUACGUCAAGGAUAAUGGCCCGCUGAACGAGUCUCAGGCUGCCAUGGUGGCGCACCAAGUGCUCCUGCUGCUGCGCGAGUUCCACGAGGCGCGAAUCGUGCACGGCGACGUGAAGCCCGCAAACUUCGUCAUCGCGAACAAGCUCAGCUACCAGCUGUUCAAGAGGGGCAUGAACUUCCUGCCGCGAGGGUGGCUGAAGGCCGUGGACUUCGGUUGCAGCCAGAACUGCGGAAAGGGUCGAAUUCAGCAGAAGCUCGGGACGCCCAGCCACUGGGCUCCAGAGGUGUUUGGCCAGACCUACCACCUCGAGGCGGACGUGUGGAGCACAGGGGUGUUGGUGUACGAGCUGCUUGCCGGCCGGCUGCCGUUUUUCACCAAGAAAGAAGAGCACAGAAUGCGUUCCGAACGGGACAUCCUCAAGGCCCUGAUGUUCAAGGAGGCGGACUUUGGGUGUGAGGAACUUAAGGGCGUCUCACCCGAGUGCCUCGACUUCCUGAAGCAGUUGUUGGUGAAAAACCACAACCACAGAAUGACCGUCGAACAGGCCCUUGAGCACAAGUGGAUGAAGAACCAUGUGCGCGCACACAAGAGCGCCGAGAAGGAGGUCGUGGAGGGUCUGCUGAAGAGGCAGAACUGGGGCGUGCCCGUCGCUUGCUGA